GGCAGGUACAGCAAGUCCAUCUCACUGAGUGACAGACACUUUCCAUAUUAGUUUUUCUGAAGGAGGAUAUCACUUGCUUGGCUUGCAGAGGUGUAAUAAGUUGCUCCAGUUGAAUUUGAGCUGAAAGCUGUGGGUCUGGACUGGGAAAAAUAUGGGAAACGAGCAUUCCAAGAACAAAGAGCUAACCAAGAAUGGGAAAAUUCCUGAGAAGCAUGAAAAUGGAUCAGUGAAUGGCCUCUCUGCAAACAUCACAUCUAAUGGAUUGGAGAUUGAGGUUAAAGGUGAAACCAUAGUCCACCAAAACGGUGAACCCUUGUCCUUAAACCUUGCCACAGAAUCGACUGAGCCUGACUUUGUGAUAGUCGAAUCAGACUGUCAGCCAGCUGAGGCUCAAGUUAUUUCUGAAAUGCCUGAACCCACCGUCCAGAAGGAAGAGGUCAAGAAAAAUAAAGGAGAAAAAGUUAGUCUUUUUGGCAAAAUGUUGAAAAAGAAAGCAGAACCUCCAGCUGACGUCGAGAGUAAAAAGAGAGAGGAAAAAGAGACGUCAAAUGAAGAUCAAACGGACCUAAGCCCUCCUGCCCCUGAUCCACAGCUGGAGACAGCUAACCUAAAGCAAGAAUCAGAACCAUUAAAGGAGCCACCAAGUGUGACUCUAGACCCAAGUCCAGAGGAAGAAAAAGCUCCUGAAACAGACAACGGACACAGUCAACCUUUGGAAAACCAAGAGGAGAGUAAGCCUGAAGAUAAUCCAGUUAUGAACUUCUUCAAAACGCUAGUGACUCCCACUAAAACACCCAAAAAGGAAACAACUACUCCUGAUGCCACAAAAGAGCAGUCCCAGAAGGAGACCCAACCAGCCGCAACCACUACUGCUGCACAAAUAUCUGAACCUCCCGCGGCACCCAAAGGAAUGUCUAUCCCACCACCACCUCCCCCAGAGCCACCAAAAAUGGAAAUCAAAGGAGAACCGGCUGCCAAAUCUGUGAAACUCACACCAAAAGAAGAACCAAAAGCUGCUGCAAAGGAACCUGAGCCCUCAAAAGGAAAAUCAGCCAAAGAUACUCUGAGCAAAUUCUUCCGCCCAAAGACAAUCAAAGAGGCGCCACAGCCAGCAGUAGAAGUACAGCAGGAGACACCAGUGGAGGCACCAGAGCCAGUUGUAGAACUCCAGAGUGAAAAUAAGGUUGAACCUCAGGAGACAGCAGAGGAGGUGGCACAGCCAGUUGUAGACGAGCAGACGGUGGAUGGGUUAACACCUCCAGUGGUAGAAGCUGAGAAAGUGGAUCCCUCAAAAGCUAACACCCUGGAGGCUGCCGCAAAGCCGGAACCGCCCCCGCCUGUUCAGGAAGAAAAGAAAACAGCCUCAAAAUCAUCCUUCCUUUCUCUCUUCAAGCCUAAAGCUGCUGAACCCAAGAAGGCGACCCCUGCCCCAGCUGCAGCAGCAGAGGCAGCUCAGACGGCUAAACCCAAGGAGGAGCCCAAAGCAGCGGCCAAGUCGUCAGAGGUGGUUGUAGAUAACAAACAAGCUUCAGUGGCCCCCCAAGCUGGAGAUGAUGCAGCCAGUGUUCCCAGGAGACUGGAGAAGAGGAACUCCAUCCAGCUGUUCUUUAAAAAUCUGGGUCAGAAACGUCAUUCCACAGAUGCCGGAGUCCAGACAGAGCCGGUCACUGUUGCUCCAGCAGCAGAGAAGGCCAAAUGAAACCAAAAGCAACACUGAAGUUUCCCUGUACAGACUCCCUUACUCAAUCUUUACCUCUCUCUGUGUCUCAUCACCCCUUCAAACCCUUGAAUUACUUUAACUACAUUUUUUGUUUGUUACUGUUUAGAAGAUACAAUAUGAAAGAAGAGGUUACUGGAUAAAAGGAUAAAAGCAAGUUGUGAGAGAGAAUAGCAAGCAGUGGUGAUUUGAAAGGGUCAAGGGCCCACUUGAUGGUAAGGUUGUUGAGGUAUAUACAAAUAUAUAUAUUUUUUGGUCAUACAAAUGUCUUGACAAGUAUCGCAAUGUGAGUGUGAAACCUUUUCUACAGGCAUUUAAAGUGACUUCUCUCUGAUCUUACGACCUGACACACUAGGCUUAUGCAACAUACAGUACCACGCUUUGCUUUUAGCAGCUAAUUUGUCUGAAACAUUUAAAAACACAUUGUCAAAUAGGUUCUAUUUUUACACUUCGUACCAGAAAAAUCAUGCAGUCGUUGCUAUGCAGAGGUUACUAUGAAAUGAUAUUGAGAAAGGUACUUAAAUAUAUAUGACUUUAAAACUGAAAGCUCCUAAUAGAGCUAACUGCACUUACAGAUUUUAUUUUAACACUAUGUGAGCUAUUUGUAAACUAAAGCAUGUACGUACGUAUCUCAAAUCGUCAUAUUUUGGGCCAUAUGGGAAAUCACAAUCUUUAGUGUUCUGUGGGGAACUGAUUGUAAGUAUUCAUAUUAACAAACGCAUCUGAGGUGGCAAAAUGGUGUCAUUGUGCAAAUGUGUCCUUGUGGUACGUUUUGCAGUCAUAGUAGCAAUAAAUCACAGCCAAUUAGCUUUUAAUUUGAUAGCAGCACUUUUUGUCAUGUCAUUUAACUGAAGUAUCAAAGUGUUUUUUUUUUUUUUUUCAUUUGUCCUUGGCAUAUGUGCAAUUGAUAUCGUGCUUUUUGUUUGCCUAUGUGUGUCGCGUGUAUGUGUAACUUCAGUUAUCUUGAAGCCAAUAAAUGUGUUCACCAUU